AAGAAAAACACAACAGGCACCGAUGGAGAAAAGCAACUACUCCGAACUACUUGAAGAUGCAAACUACGAGUUUAAAAAUAAGAAUUUUAAACACGCAGAGGAGUUGUACACAAAGUUUAUCACUUCCUGUGUGCAGUCCAGGGGUUGUGAAGCUGGUGAUUUGGCAACUGCUUACAACAACCGCGGUCAGAUAAAGUACCUCCGGGUGGAUUUUCAUGAAGCAAUAGAGGACUACACAUCCGCAAUACAGACUAACAGCCAGUUUGACAUACCUUUCUACAACAGGGGACUCAUUCACUAUAGAUUAGGCUUUUUUGACGACGCCAAGAGUGACUUCCAGCAAGCAUUAAAGCUCAAUCCCAAUUUUGAAGAUGCCAAAGUGAGCCUGCAGCAGACACUUCUGGACCAGCAGGAGAAAAGAAACAGGGGAUACUGACGACCUCAUAGUCUACAGAUAACAUCUCAUAUAUACUCUGGGAUCUCUGAUCUACCAAGUUGCACCACGUUAAUCAUUGCUACUUUAUUUAUUUGUUAAUUCACAAAGCAAAACGUUGUCAAAUCUGAAAAUCAAACGAUGGCUUCAAAAUGUAUCCCACAAGAGCAGGCCUGACACUUGAUGGAUUUUUAUGAAACAGAGCACCGGUGUUCCUUUUCUGCACUGACUCGAAAUCCUUUCAGCCGGAAAGAAAAAGGCAAUGGCCUCGUAAAUGAAAGUGCACCGUCACAUGAUUCUGUGUGUGCACGGUGAGACUAAUCGACCCACGAGCAGCUGGCGAAACUGAUAAAUGUGAGUGCCCCACAUUGAAAAGUUUGGGAGGAGGUUUGUUACUAGAAACAAAUCAUAAUCAGCAAGGGACUUAGAGGAAUAAUAAGGAAUUUCUUAAAAGUGUUUCAACAUGGGGGAUAAUGUAGUUUUCAGGAAAGCUCAACCAGUAUGAAAUCUUAACACUGAUUUGUAUAUAAAUAUAAAAUAUUAAUAUAAAUUUGUUGGUUCAAACAUAAAUGUCUGUCUGUUUGAAAUAUGUGAAGAAUAAAUGAUCUAACACCACAGGUUCA